UUUUGGGAAGUCCACUACAGGUGUAGUGCGGGCUGGCGCGUGUGCUGGUUCCUGCGGCCUUUGACCUACAGCGGGCCCUAACUCCAAGCUUAGGGCACCGGGCGGGAUCCGCAGCCGCGCCCAGGUAGGUUGGAUCUGGGCCAGACCGAGAGGACGUCUCCCGCAGAGGGCCGGUUAGACCUGGUCGCUUCCUACGACACGGACGGCGGGGCCCACCGUGGCUCUGAUGCUGGUCGCUGCCAGGAGGAGGUUGCUCACAGCCCUGCUGCAGGCUCGGAAGCAACCCUUGCAGCCCUCCAGAGACAUGAGACUGGUGCAGUUCCAGGCACCCCAUCUGGCGGGGCCUCACCUGGGCCUGGAGGCAGGAAAUGGUGGGGGGGUCAUUGACCUCAACGCAUUUGACCCCACACUCCCCGAGACGAUGGUACAGUUCCUGGAGCAGGGAGAGGCAACCUUGUCAGUGGCAAGAAGAGCCCUGACAGCCCAGUUGCCUGUCCUUCCACGGUCAGAGGUGACCCUCCUGGCCCCAGUCACGCGUCCAGACAAGGUGGUGUGUGUGGGCUUGAAUUAUGUGGACCACUGCAAAGAACAGAACGUGCCUGUGCCCAAGGAACCCAUCAUCUUCAGCAAGUUUGCCAGCUCCAUCGUGGGGCCCUACGAUGCGGUGGUCCUCCCCCCGGAGAGCCAGGAGGUGGACUGGGAAGUGGAGCUGGCCGUGGUCAUUGGAAAGAAAGGCAAGCACAUCAAGGCCACAGAUGCCAUGGCUCACGUGGCUGGCUUCACUGUGGCUCAUGAUGUGAGUGCUCGGGACUGGCAAAUGAGACGCAAUGGGAAGCAGUGGUUGCUGGGAAAAACCUUCGACACCUUCUGCCCCCUGGGCCCUGCCCUGGUUACCAAGGACAGUAUAGCAGUGAGGGAGAGGCAGGCGCCCCAACUGGACCUCAGCCAGCCACUGCGUACACAGAGCAGCACCAGCCACAGCAGGAAGGACAGGGAGCACCAGCGGGGUGGCAUGGCCACGUGGGCGAGCACACCCAGGGCAGCAGAACCUUGCAGCACCCGUGCAGAAUCCUCAGUAAAGCUAAACUGUUCCAGUUGCUCUGCCUGGGUGUGCAGAACGGCCACCAAGAAAGAUACCGAUGUGGGCUGGCCAGGACACUAUGAGGGCAGGUCACUGCAAGCCAGCAUCAGAUCCACACAACCUAAGGAUCUGCUGCCGCGUGAAUGGGGAGCUGGUCCAGAGCAGCAACACCAACCAGAUGGUGUUCAAGACAGAGGAGCUGAUAGCCUGGGUCUCCCGGUUUGUCACUCUGUACCCAGGGGAUAUCUUCCUCACCGGGACCCCCCCAGGUGUCGGUGUGUUCAGGAAGCCACCGGUCUUUCUCAAGAAGGGGGAUGAAGUCCAGUGUGAGAUUGAAGAACUAGGCAGCAUCGUCAACAAGGUGGUGUGACGGCUUCCUCAAAGCUCCAGCUAAGGUGUGCCACGUGGCCCAGUGCUGCUCUUCUAGGCGGGAGAAAGGAAGGUGGAGCUCUCCGUAAUAAACUCACCAAGGCAAAGCUUAA